AGUUGGUAUGCCUUCACGCCUUCCAUUCUCUGCCUCACACGGCACUUGGCGGCUCCUAUGCAAGGAUGACUGAUUCCAGAAACUAGAGCGUUUCAAAUGGCUUCACUCCUAUGUCAUUUUCAUUUCCGUCCUGGGUUUCUCUCCAAUAUAAAGCCACUAUAUUCUUCUUCUCCCUCUAGAGCCCAUGAAACCCACUGCUCCUAAUCAAUGGAAAUGAUACUUCUCCCCUGUUUCCAGUCCAUUUACUGCUGAAUUUCUCAAAGUUUUCGAAUUUCCCUUCUCGUUUUUUGGGCUUGGCUUGUCUUGGUUCAUGGUUGGACUUUACUCAAUUGGGAUUAUCGGUGUCUUCAUCUGGGUCUUAUUGGCUCUCUCUCUCUCUCUCUCUCUAAUGGCGUCUUCUGCUUUAGCCUCUCCUCUCUGUACGUGGCUUGUGGCUGCCUGCGCUUCCGUUGCUUUUGAGAAAGACCAGCUUACGAGUUCCUCUAUGUUUCACUCUCCAAAAAGACUGAGCCAAUGGGCGAAGAGAAAGAAGCUCGUGUUAAAAUACAUUACUCGUGGUGGUGCUGGUUUUGCGAGUAACUUGCUUUCAUGUAAUUCUGGAGUUCAAAAUCUGAUGAGUUCUAGCCUCGCUUUCGAGCCGUGCAACGAGUAUAAUAGUUCUAAAGGGCAUUAUUCGUCUAUAACCUUCUGUGGUGACACCGGGUUUUCACUUUUCGGGUCUAAGAAGGCCAGGAAUCGAAGGCAAAGGUGCAUAAAUCGGGGUGCAAACUCUGUUUCAGGCAAUACUCUGGCAGUGGCCGUGAGACCUGCAAAUGGGGUCAUCACAGAGAAGAAACAACUUGUAAAGCAGCGGCGGGUUGUCGUGACAGGGAUGGGUGUGGUAACCCCUAUUGGUGACAAUCCAGAUGUCUUCUACGAUAAUCUUCUUGAAGGUGUCAGUGGCAUAAGUGAGAUACAGAGUUUUGACUGCUCUCCGUUUCCAACGAAAAUUGCUGGUGAAAUCAAGUAUUUCUCGCCAGAUGGAUGGGUCUCACCAAAACUUUCAAAGAGGGCAGACAAAUUCACUCUUUACUCUCUCACUGCUGGGAAGAAAGCAUUAGCAGAUGCUGGCAUUACCGAGGAAGUUCUUGGAAAGUUAGACAAAAAUAGAUGUGGAAUUAUUAUUGGCUCUGCGCUGGGAGGCAUGAGGAUUUUUCAUGAUGCAAUAGAAGCACUGGAGGUUUCCUACAGGAAAAUGAAUCCUUUUUGUAUACCUUUUGCGACAACCAAUAUUGGUUCUGCUAUACUGGCAAUGGAUUUGGGAUGGAUGGGUCCAAACUACUCAAUCUCUACAGCUUGUGCAACAAGCAACUUUUGUAUACUGAAUGCCUCACACCAUAUUAUGAGCGGUGAAAGUGCCAAAUACUGCUAUCUAAUUUGUGGGCAUUUCCAGGACAUGAUACUUUGUGGCGGAUCUGAUGCAGCAGUUCUUCCAAUAGGCUUGGGAGGUUUUUCGGCAUGCGGAGCUCUUUCACAAAGAAAUAGUGAACCAACCAAAGCCUCCCGCCCCUGGGAUACUAAGCGGGACGGAUUUGUUAUUGGAGAUGGAGCUGGGGUUUUGCUCUUAGAAGACCUAGAACAUGCUAAGAGAAGAGGUGCAAAAAUCUAUGCAGAAUUUCUUGGUGGAAGUGUCAGUUGUGAUGCCUAUCACGUGACUAAGCCCCAUCCUGAUGGGACUGGCAUUGUUGUGUGCAUAGAGAAGGCCUUGGCUAAUUCUGGAGUAGCUAAAGAAGAUGUAAAUUACAUAAAUGCAUAUGCUAGUUCGACACCAAUGGGUGAUCUGAAUGAAUACCGAGCCCUAAUCCAUUGUUUUGGGAAAAAUCCAGAGCUAAAAGUAAACUCUACAAAAUCCAUGACUGGUCACCUGUUAGGGGCCUCAGGUGCUGUAGAAGCUGUUGCAACAGUCAAGGCAAUACAGGCAGGAUGGGUGCAUCCAAACUUGAAUCUCGAAAGUCCUGAUGAAGGCAUGGACAUGAAUGUGGUCGUCGGCCCGAGGAAGGAACCUUUGGACAUAAAGGUGGCAUUGUCUAAUUCAUUUGGCUUUGGCGGACACAAUUCAUCCAUCUUGUUUGCACCUUAUAAGUGAACUUCAUGUGUAAACUCAACCCGAAACUAAUGAGGAUUGAGCUGAUUUAGAGUAGUUGUUUUGGCUAAUAUUGAUAUGUUUGACGUACAGUAUAAAAUGGCAUGUGGAAUUCUACGUGAUAAAUGAUAUUGUCUUCUACUUUGCAUCGAUUA